CGAUAACAAUGGCGGACUGGGCAUUUGAUUCGGGAAGUCCGGCGAUCCAAGCAUCGGCGGCAGCGGCAGGAGGCUCGGAUGAAGUUGCCGAUAGAACAGCCGUCAUCACGGGCCGGCUUAAGGCAAUCUAUCGUAAGACUGUCUUGCCAGUUGAAAAACGCUUCAAGUACGAUUACUUCUAUGAGAGUCCGUUCUUGUCCGAUUGCGAAUUUGAUGGUACGUACUAUGCGGUCGCACUGAAGCAGCACGGCUUGAUUGGUUGCUUUGCAUCGUCACAGUACAAUCGUGUCGGUCAUUUUUAACGAUUCGCUUUCCUCGAUCUUUUUGUGGCGUUCAGCCAAGCCACAAGUGAUGCUUAUCGGACAAUAUAGUGUUGGUAAAACAUCCUUCAUUCGAUACCUGUUGGGAAGAGACUUUCCUGGUCAACGAAUCGGUCCGGAACCGACCACUGAUCGUUUCACCGUGUUAAUCAAUGGGCCCGAAGAACGUGUCAUUCCGGGAAACGCUUUAUCUGUUCACCCCGACCUUCCUUUCCGGGGCUUGGAGCGUUUCGGGGUGUCCUUUCUUAGCCGCUUUGAGGGAAGCCAGAUGCCCAGCAGUGUUCUCAGAAGUGUCACCCUUGUAGAUACUCCUGGUAUUUUGUCGGGAGAAAAACAGCGCGUGAACAGAGGCUACGACUUUAACAAGGUCACGGGAUGGUUUGCUGAAAGAGCUGAUUUGAUUUUGGUAUUGUUUGAUGCACACAAAUUAGAUAUAUCCGAUGAACUCAAGGGUGCAAUUGAUUCAUUGAAGGGAAAUGAAGACAAGAUCCGUUGUGUCCUCAACAAAGCCGAUCAAAUUGAUCGCCAGCAACUAAUGCGAGUCUAUGGUGCCUUGUUAUGGUCUCUUGGAAAGACCAUGUCGUCUCCUGAAGUUGCACGUGUCUAUGUUGGGUCUUUCUGGCAAGAACCGCUAAAAUCAAUGGAUAACUCAGAAUUGUUCGAAAUGGAAGAACAAGAUCUAAUGAAAGACUUGGCCAUCCUACCUCGUCAAUCUGCUGUUCGGAAAAUUAAUGAGCUCGUGAAGCGUAUUCGAAAGGUGAAGACCCUCGCGUACGUUAUCGCGCAUCUCAAGCAACAAAUGCCAACUCUAAUGGGAAAGGAGAAGAAGCAGAACAAACUGAUUGCAGACCUACCCAAUGUAUUCCGUACGGUACUGAAAAAAUACAGCCUGGCACCUGGAGACUUCCCCGACAUAACCUCUUUCUCUAGCAAACUUAGGGAGACCAAGUUUGCGGAAUUCAACACUUUGUCCCAAAAACAAAUCGAUGCGCUGGAUGAAGUGCUUAACAAAGACAUCCCUGCUCUGAUGGAGGAGCUACCGAGCGAAAGAGAUUCUCCUGAGACAUUAAGGGCCAAAAUGGGAGCAGCGGGAGCCGUGAGAGGAGCUAAUAAUAUCCCUAUCCCCCAGACUGCUGCAAAGUUCGGGAAAAAGGAUCAACACGAAAGCAAUCCUUUCGGUCCAUCGCAAGACAACACGUCUCAGUACUGGGCUCUCCAAGAAUCUGCCGAUCGACUUGCUGGCAGUUUCGAAGCUCUUGGCCCCGAAGGAGGCUUCCUUUCCACUACAAAGGCCCGGAACGUCCUUGUCAAGACUGGGUUAGAAAAGGAUCAACUUCGUCAAAUCUGGAAUCUGAGUGAUUUGGACAGAGACGGCUUGUUCGAUCUUGAUGAAUACGUUGUGGCUAUGUUCCUCUGUGACGCAGUGAUCCAAAAGGGAAGGCCAAUUCCCGCUGAGCUUCCUGCAACCGUUAUUCCUCCAAGCAAGAGACAUCUUGUCAGAAAGUAACUAUUGGAUUAACUCGUUUUCCAUCAAUGUCAACUGUCUGAUUUGACUUGCUCUGAUUAUUCGGAUGAAUUCAGUUCUCAGGGUUUCGAUUGCAGAGCUUUUCUUAUUUUCUAGGUAAAUUAAACGUAUAGAUAUCU